AUGCACGAACCUAUUGAAAACGUCCAAGCAGACGUCUUCCAGCAUGAGCCCGCCACCGCUGGUGAGGUCACUUCUAUCGAUGAUAAGAAGUUGUUGCGUAAAAUCGACUGGCUUCUCAUGCCUCUCAUGUUCUCGGUAUACUAUCUCCAGUAUACCGAUAAGACUCUCCUUUCAACUGCCUCAGUCAUGGGUGUUAUCGAGGACACACAUAUGCCUGCCAAUGGCUUCUCGCACCUCGCAAUGACUUUCUACGUCUCGUUCCUCGUUUGCGAACCUCUACAGUCCACACUUAUUCAGAAGUUUCCGACCGCUCAAUUCCUUGGAAUCAAUGUGACCAUCUGGGGUGUUGUGGUGACCAUGAAUUGUGUGUGCAAGGGUUUCGCGCCACUGGUUGUGCUUCGUGUCCUGUUGGGAGUUUUUGAGUCAUGCGUUGCACCGAGUCUCAUUAUUCUCACCUCCAUGUGGUAUACGAGAUUCGAACAGACCUUACGAAUGGGUAUCUGGUAUCAGGGAUCGUCCAUCGCACCCAUCGUUUCGACUUUGGCGUCAUACGGAUUCCUGUUCUAUGACAAAAAACAUGACCACGAUCAUUUCAAAUCCUGGCAGAUUCUGUUCCUUCUCUUCGGUCUGCUUACCAUCGCUAUUGGCAUCUUGGUUUUCUUUUUCCUUCCCAACAGUCCUAUGAAAAGUCGAUUCUCUCAUGCAGAGAAGGUGGCUAUUCUUGAGCGAGUCCGAGACAAUGAGACCGGUAUCGAGAACAAACAUCUCAAAUGGAAGCAGGUAAAGGAGGUUCUACUGGAUGUCAAGACAUGGAUGAUGAGUCUUAUCGUCAUCUUGACAAAUGUGCCGAACGGUGCAGUCAGUUCGUUCAACGACAUCAUUAUCUCCAACUUCGGUUAUAGUGAUGCAGAGUCACUACUGCAGAGCCUUCCCGGAUGUGCAGUAGCAUUCUUCAGUGUCUGGUGGGGAACAUGGGCUGCUGGUCGAUACAACUGUCGAGGCCUCGUCAUCAUCGCUCUGAUCAUUCCGACUCUGCUUGGUGGAGCCCUGAUGGCAUGGCUACCUGCGAACAACAAGUCUGGUUUGUUGGCAGGGAUCAACCUAAUUAAUACUGUUGGCUCAAACGCGUCUGCUAACGAGUUUUCCUUAGCAUUGCCUCUUUUGUACUCUUGGGUUACUGCCAAUUAUGCCGGACACUCGAAGAAAAUUACCAUGAACGCCAUUCUUCUCAUGUCAUUUUGUCUGGGGAACAUUAUUGGCCCUGAAACGUUCCAGGACUCUGAUGCGCCGCAAUACAUUCCAGCCAAGAUGACCAUUGUCAUCACUCUCGCAAUUGCUAUUGUCAUUACACUUGGGCUGGCUGCAAUGUACCAUCUCGAAAACAAAAGGCGUGACCGGGCAGGGUACCAAGAAAUGCCGGAGGAUUACCAGUUCCUUGAUCUUACCGACAAACAAACCAGGAAUUUCAGAUACCUCCUAUGA